CAUGAUGCUCUUUUUCUCUCCCACUGACGUGUCCUGGGAAGUCUGCAGUGUGAUCUGGGAAUUGCUUAUACGCGCACCUCCACCCCCAUUCACAAUUAAGGUACCACCUUCUUGCCUUAAAAACAAACCAACAUAACAGGGGCGGCGAAAGAAAAGCAACUUUUUGUUCCUUCCUCCCCCAGCAUGGAAGGAAAUGUCUACGGCGCAGCUAAGGCUGGCGGAGCGUUUGACUUAGAGAACUUUCUGAAGCAGCCUCAGACUAUCGCCCGGAUAGUGAGCUGGGUCUUUUCAAUAAUUGUAUUUGGUUGCAUCACGAGCGAAGGUUACACCAAUUCACAUCGAUCUUCACAGCUGAAGUGUAUCUUCAAUGAGAAUGUGGAUGCUUGCCACUAUGGUGUAGGAAUCGGUGUGAUUGCAUUUCUCCUCUGCAUUGUCUUCUUUGCUCUUGAUGUCUAUUUCCCUCAGAUCAGCAAUGCUGACCAGCGCAAGCAUAUCGUUAUGGCUGACCUUGGAAUUUCAGGCUGCUGGACCUUCCUGUGGUUUACUGGUUUUUGUUUCCUCACCAAUCAAUGGGUGUCCAGCACUGUUGUUCCAGAAGUCGGGGCGGACAGUGCACGGGCUGCCAUCGCCUUCUCAUUCUUCUCCAUUUUCAGCUGGGGAUUGCUGUCUUGUUUUGCCUACAAGAGGUAUCGCAUGGGUGUAGAGGACUUCACUGAGAAAUAUGUGGAUCCAUCAAAUGAUUACCCUCCGUAUCCCAAUGUUGCUGACAACUACCAGCAGCCGCCAUUUGGUAGCGCUGCCCGGUCGGAAUCUGAGGAUUACAAGCCACCUAUGUACUAAAGUAAAGUGAGCAGUUCUGCCUGCAGAUCCUGGAGUACAAGGCAAACUGAACCAUACAACGUCAAGCAGGAAAAGACACUCACUGUUACAGUAAUAGUUUUUAUUUCCAAUCUUGCUUUACCCCAUCACUUCUCUCUCUCUCUUUUUUUUUUUCCUCAGCUAUAAUGCCCUGACCUCUUGCCCUCCAUGAAGAUGGUAGGUGUGCUGCUGGGUUUCCUGCAAUACCCACUGGUCACUGUAUGUGUGUAUGUGUCACUGCGUCACCUGUCACCCCCUCACAGUGAAGGGAUGGCAAGUCUAUGCUUGGCAUCUGGAAGCAGCAGCCCACAGCUGCAAAGGAGAGUGUUUGACACAGCCCCACUUCCCUCCCUUCUCUGUUCAAUGCUUCAAGUUAAGCUUUCAACCUGAGAUCCCAUUCGUUCAAACGCAAAAGAUGUUGCAAGUUUCACUUUCCAGCAUUGCUCUUUCAACCUUUACUGUCUAAAUAUUAUCAUUUAUCUUGAUAAUAUUAUAUACUAACAGGAUAUUUUAAGUGUAUUCAGAACCACUUUACAAUUAUUAGCUAGGUAACCAGUCUUGGUUUUAAUUGAGUUUAGAGCACUUUUUUCACAACAUGUAAUUUACAGGCACCCAACUGUGUGUGUUGCCGGUAUAUGUUGCAAAACCUCACCUUCAAAUUUUGGGAUUUAGGAAUCUCACUACCAUAUGCUUGGUACAUUUCCUCAUUGAUUGCAUGGGUUUGGGAACUUGCUGGUCAGAACCCUGAUUCUAAUUUUGCCAAAGGCAUCAUCAACAAGAGCUGUUUAUAGAAAAUCAUCUUGUUCCUGUGCUGCCUGAGACACCUGAACCACCAGCUUGAUGUGGUCCCUCUUGGCUCAAACUAUUUUGAUUCUAUUUAGACUUCAAUCACGUAUUGUCCAUCAGAUCCUCCUCCCGACGCACUACCCAAAAAACCUUUCCUGAGCAAAGUGCUUUUGUGUUAGUGAAGUGCACCAGGUCACUAUGCACUGACAAUUUUAAGGUUGCACCUGAGUGCUGUGAGCCACACUCCUAAGCAAACGCUAAAGCUACCAACAGUUGCUGAAGGUGACUUGCAUUGUAAAGGGAGAGAGUUUGGCAGCAAUAGAAUAGGCAGAAAAUAACGAGGCCAUGGGUGAAGUGUAAAGUGGGUGUGAGCUCAGGGUAAAACUCCUUAUUGUAGCAUUAAACACUCCUGAUGACAGAAUAGUGUCAGAAAAUAUCACUGUUCAGCUGCAAGGAAUGAUUUUGGUUUGAAGCUUCAGUCCUCAGUUAUUAGGAACUGUUUUUGCUUUAUAUUUGAACUCUGGUUAUCCAUGAUCUGUCAUUUGACUAAGGAAAUUUUGACUUGAUGGAAAAAAAAAUUGGAAGAAUGUUUUUGUUUAAUAAUAUAUGUUGACGACCCUCUAUGUACUGGAGUAGGGAAGGAUAAGCUUAACGUGUUCAGUCUAACAUCCUCCGAUCUUCCUGCUCUAGAACUAAAGAUUUCAGCAAACAUUGUUCACUUCAAAGAUGGAAGGACUAUGGUGUGAUGCAGAAGUUAUUUGAGUAAAUGCAGAUAUGUGAUAAUUUGCGGCAUGAGUACAAGAUGAACAACUGAAAUGUGUAUAAUUUGUGUUCUAAUUGUAACUAGUUGAGAAUUACAAAAGUUGAAUUAAGGAGGCAAGAUUGGGAUUUUAGAUUUUGAUAACCUGAGUGCAAAGGUUUAGGUGAAAUACUGACUCUGAAGAAGUGAAUUUUAAGUUUGCCCAUCAACUGCAUAUGAAUUCAUUGCUGUUCUAGGAGAAGGAUUUCAGUAUAUUUUAAACCACCCCCCACCCCUUCACACUGCAUCAGUUCUGUUUAGAAAAAAAUAUGCUGAUUCUUAAUGAAGUCUGACAGUUUUGAAUUUCAACAUUAGAUUUUUGAACUUGUGAAGAUUUGUGACACCUAUUCAAUCGGGCAUUGAUUGGGAAGGAUCGUGUACUUUUUUUUUUCCUCUUGCUAUGGUGAAUAUGCUCAUCAGCACCAGUGUUUUUCCACAACUUAAAAAAAACACUGUAACAGAUUCUGAUCAUUUCACUGCUCUCCUCGAGGUUAAAAUUUCCCACUGGGUUUUUCCCGAUUGACAGAUCUAACUUUUGAUAGAAAUGCUGUAUAAAUAGUGUAAAAUAGUCCUUUAUGCAUCUUCCUCGUUUAUCAUUGGGGCUGCUAUUAAUGUUGCAGCGAGGUUUGGGAGAAAUUGUCAAUUCCAAGCAUGUGUUGCCACUCAGUAACAGACAGCCCUUGCAAAAAGAUUCUGUUUCAUGCCUGCAUACUUCACAAAUAUUGAAUUGUUAAAUAACCAGCAAAAAGAAGUUGGAUAUGGUUUGAAGCCUUUUUGUGAACUUCGAAUGAUUUGUUCUAUUUAAUUGCACAGUUCCAUAGGGAACAGUCUUAGGAUAUUGGGGUAGAAGUUGUACCAAUCAAUUGAAUCAUGGCAUUGAUUCACAAAUUCCUGUGUCCCAGGUAAGAGACCUAAUAGAACAGUUAAAUAUCAAUAUUAUUUGAAACAUACUAUUGUGCAGCACAUCCCUGUGUUCCCUUCUGAUAGAUUCCUCAGGAAGUGGCUUCCCAUUUAUUCCUAUGUGCUACACGUCCCUGGGACACCCUAGGCUGAACCAAAAUUGAACUAGUCUUUUUGCAAAGAGUUCAACACUCAUUCUGUUUUUGCAGUAUGGUUUGAACAGCUUGUAAUCCACUGCUUAUGGCUGAGUUUGUCACAUGCAAUAGUAACCUAUUAAAGCAUUCGUGAAAACAGAGCUCACCAGAUGUUGGAUGGGUGAAAUAAUUGAUCCCACAUUGGUCUUCUGGCGUUUCUUUAUUUUGUAGCUGGAAAGUUUAGUUGGACAAUGUGGCAGUUUUUUUUUCAUAUUGGCAGGAUGUGUAAUUGAGUAUAACCUGUGCAUUUGGCAUUACAGUACUGCAAGGAAUGUAUUUGAAAUUUGGCUGGAUUUCUUCACUUCAGAUGAGUGAUAUGUUUAUAAGCAUCUAAACUAGGUUGGAUUUGGACAAUAGAAAUACUGUUUACGGCUAUAUUAUGUAGAUCUUUGAGUAAGCAAUCGGAGCUGCAUGCACAGUUUGGGUUUAAAUAACCCAGGAAAGUGAAAUGUUGUGGUUAAGGAAAGGACAAAACGCAAAUCUGCUUUGGAUGGCUAAAGUGCAUGAGUGUCAGGGGUUAUAUUCAAUCACUGAGGCAGAGUUACAAGGACUGGAGAAGCUCUAGACGUGUCUGUUAUUGAUAAGGCAUUAAAUUGGCAUCUUGUUCAGGGAAGAUGUCAAAGAUCAGAUGGCAUUCUUUUGAAGAAAAGUGCUUCUGGAGUUGUGGCCUUUUUUAAACUCUACAACUGAUCAAAAAAAAAUUAUGUAUCAUCCUUAAUGCAUUCCUGUCUUUGGGCCAAUACGUGCAUAGCAAAAUCUCCCAAUGAAAGGCAUUACAAAAUAUUCUUUUAUAAUUAAUCUGAUCUGAUACCAAACUCCAAUCCAGAAAUUUUGGGUACGUGGGAGUCAUGCCAGAGGGAGCGGUCCAUUGUUCUUGUGACAAUGGUGAAACCACUCGGCUGCAUUAUGUAUGGUGUCCAGUCUUGAUCUUGAGACUUUCAUUUGCAUUUGGAACAAAGCUUAUUUAUUUGUGAUUAUUCCCAAUAGAAUAGAACUUCUGUGAUCUCUUCUAUCCCAAUAUGGUUUGCAACAAGAAAAAAGAGAUCCGAUCAGUUUAACCAUCUUAAAAGGCUGUUUUCCAAUUGCCUUAAUUCAUCUUCAGAUGUUUGAAAUCUGAAAUAAAAACAAAGUGCUGGAGAAACUUGGGUCUGGCAGCCUCUGUGAAAACAAAGGGUUAACAUCCUGAGUCCAGUAUGACCUUUAUUUUCUCAGGUGUUCUGAAAACUCACAUCAGACUCUGAAUGUUCACUGUUUCUCUGUCCAGAGAUUCUGCCAAGUCUGCGUUUCACCAGUUUUUUAAAAAAUUAAUACUCACUUGGGCUGGCUGAACAAUAUAUGUUCAAAAAUAAAAAAAGAUCAAAUUUGACAACUCCGAAUUGAACUUUCUUGUUCCAGAACUGUACUUCUGCAUAAAAGCAGAAAAUGCUCAGUACACCAGCCAGAAUGUAAGCAGCAACAUGAUGGAUUAAUAGUUUGGAUGGCAACUGUCCUGAAUUGGCAUGGUUAACAUUUCACUUUCCUACUAUAUAUUUUCUGUUUUUGCUCAUGUACCUUCUUUCCUCCUUAACCUCUACUUUGAGGUAUUUCUGUUUUGUGCAGAUGCUUUUCACAAGCACUAGAUGAAUGGUAGGGAUGCUGGGGAGAAAAUAUGUCUGCAACACGUCCUAGACAGAAUUAUAGCCGUAUGUAAACUGUCUUUUCAGGGCAGAAACAGAAGUUGCCAGAAAUGCUCAGCAGGUUUGGCAGCAUCUGAGGAGAGAGCCUGAGUUAAUGUUUUGGGUUCUCAGUCUGAAACUCUGGUUUUGUGUUUUUCCUUCACAGAUGCUGCCAGACCUGCUGGGCUUUUUCAGCAACUUGUGUUUUUGUUCCUGAUUUACAGCAGCUGCAGUUUUUUUGUCUUCUUUCUCUCUUCAGGGCAGCCCCUUCAGUACUGAGGAGUUGGGAGAGGUUAUUUAAUUCUCCACACAUUUAAAAUUAAAAUCUGCGUCAUUUCUGGAAUCCAUGAAUAAAUUGCUACUUUCAUUAAGUUAGGCCUUUUUAGUAUCACUUUAUAUUCUGUAAUUUGUCUAAUACCCACAAUCACUCACUUUUUUGUAAAAGAAAUCUUUUGUAUUGUUUAAAAACUACUGAAAUGAGGGCUUUUAAAAGAUGGGUUAAUAUGUUGUAGCUUUUGGUUCAUUGUGGUUUAUAUCGAAUGAAUGUUAAACUUAAAAUUGUAAUUAACCUGGCAACCAUUGCACUGGAAAAGUGUUGUGAAUUAAUUGGCAAUUUGGUGCAAGAUGUCUGCAGUACAGUUGGGGCCUGCAGGUUAUUGGCAUUACUUCAGCAUCCAAGUGGAGGGACUCUGGAUUAGACAGGUCCGUUUGUCAGCUGUGAGCAGAAACCUCUCCUGCGACUGAUGUGUGUUACUGUGACUAGCUUGGCACUUGGAACAGAUCACACCAAAUCGCAGCAGCACAGCAUGUAUUCCCACUGUACUGUGGUGUGCAGAGCUGUAGCACAGUAUGUAAUCUAGUGCCAAUUGUCAGUUUUAAUCUAUAUUAAUUUUCACCUGAAUCCACUGUAUAAAGACUACAUCUACACAAAGCUCGAAUGAGCACUUUCUGCCUUAAUAUUUAUGCACUGCUCAGUUAAAGAACUGUUGAACAGCAACUUGAACAUGUAAUUAAUAUCUGCACUAGGAAGAUAGCUUUUGUUGAAACAAUGGGAACUUUCCGGGUUACUUUAAAUUUAUAAAAAUUGGGGAUCUUCUUUAACUUAGCGAUAUGCUUAGUUUGUUAGCUUAUGUGCAUUGGUACAAAUGCCUCUUGCAUCUGACUUGUUACUAACAAUUGAAAAGUGCCAAAUGGUGAAAAGUCUAUUUCACGGUUUCUGGGGAAGUGUUCUGGCUUUCGUUUUUCUUUUUAUUGUUAGAGGACUGUGGUUUUCCUUGUAUAAUAAGCUGGAGUUUUCACAUGAUCACUGUCCACUGAUCCUCACCAAAUUACUGAUUUUAAAGCCUUUGUGUGGGUAAGACAUUCAGUUUAGCUGUGAUGUCUUUAGAAUAUUCAAACUCAUGGACUGGUGGAUAAGAGGAGCUAGUGACUUUGGAAGAAAGUGUUUUUGUUUCACCUCACCAUGAUGGAAAAUUAUUGCUUUAUUGUUGUCAUUUGAAGUAAUAGGGACAGCAAAUGGGUGAGUAUUUAAAGAGUAAACUCUGAUUUUAAAAUCAUGUGGAUUGUACAUGUAACAACCAAAGAUUUUAUUUUGUACAACUAAAGUAGAAGAAACUGGUGUGAACCGCUACUAUGUAUACCUUGGUUCUCCUGCUGUGGCUUCAAAUGCCUUUGUCAUUAAUAUUGACUGUAUUGGAGCUUACAUUGGCAUUUAUCAUUGGACUGAAGCUUUCAAAUGAAGUUAUUGGUUAUAAUGCUCAAGCCACUGUACAAAUAAAUUUUCAAAAGAA